AUGGCAUCUAGAUUCGUGAACUUUCUCUGCUUGGUUUUCGUUUGCAGUCUCAUUGUAGGAGGAAAUUGCCAACCCUGCACGUUAGACAAUCUUGAAAUUGCACAAGGGAAGAUUAGCGAUGACAAGUGGAAUGUAACAAUUACUAAUGACUGUCCAUGUUCUCAACUGGAUGUGAAGCUUAGUUGCGAUGGAUUUGAUCAGUCUGCAGUUGAUCCUUCAAUUUUGUCAAAAUCUGGUGGCGAGUGUUUGGUCAAUAAUGGUCAACCAAUCUAUGGAAAUAAAAUUUUCAAUUUUGCCUAUGCUUCGAAAACUGAGUUUCCUUUCAAGCCACUCUCCUCCCAAGUUGCUUGUUCGAAUGAAAGAUGUUUGGAGAAAGAUUAA